AUGGAUGAAAAUUAUCCAUUUGAAAAAGUUAUUAUUAAAGUUGAAAUAGAUGAAGAGGAAUUUCAAGAGGAUCAAUCAAUUUUUAAUUAUGAAGAUUAUAAUUUCGGUGAAGAUUAUCCUAUAGAUAUUGAGGAUAUUAAGAUAGAAGUACCCGACAGCCAUCAAGACUCGCUAGCCGAGCUGCCGAUUGAUAUCGAGGAAAUAAAAAUAGAGAUGCCAGAUUUUUCACCAAUUUCCAAAAAAAAGCCUCGCAAGCGUAAAGCAAAAGUCGAGUUGAAGCCUAAAAUACGUCAAAAAGUUUCCCGAAGAAAGCCGAAGGCCGAGAACGAGCGACCUUACGCUUGUUCCUCUUGUUCCAGCUCGUUCCGUGAAAAGGGGAGCCUGAACCGGCACAUUAAGAUUCACGAAGCUAAAACAUUUAUCUGCGACAUAUGUGCCGCGAAAUUCGUGCAGAAGGGCCAGCUAAAGGUCCACAUGCGGAUCCACACGGGCGAGAAGCCGUACGGCUGCACAGUUUGUCCGGAGAAGUUCCGCAGCAAGAUGACCUUGAACCAGCACAUGAGAAUCCACACUGGAGAGAAGCCCUUUCAGUGCGACGUUUGUUCCAGGCGGUUCCGGCAAAAGGUCCAGAUGACAGUCCACAUGCGGAUCCACACCGGGGAAAAGCCCUACACUUGCAGUGUCUGUUCCGCCAAGUUCCGGGAACGGGGCACUUUGUCCAAGCACAUGCUUGUUCACACCGGGGAAAAACCGUACACUUGUCAGUUGUGUCUGAUGAAGUUCCGGACGAAGGCUCACUUAAAGACGCACAUUUUUUCCCACACUGGAGAAAAGCCGUACGGCUGCAAUAUCUGCUCAUCUAAAUUCAGAAGAAAGUGCUCGCUUGUUCAACACCUGAGGACCCACGAAGGAGAAAAGCUUUACACUUGUUCUGUCUGUUUGACUGUUUUUUCUAAAAUAGCUACUUUUACUAAACACAUGCUCUUCUUUCACACUGUCGAUGAACUUUUGAUGUUUGAGAUGUAA